AUGGAACGAAUCAAAAGUUUCUUAGGGUUAGUAGUUAUUGUUAUAUGUCUUGUUUAUCAAUAUGAAACAAAAGAAAAUAAAAUAAAUAAUGAAAUAAUAUUAAAACGACUUCGUCGAAUUAUACGAGGUCAUCUAGCAAAACCUGGACAAUUUCCAUAUCAAGUAUCUAUUAAUAAUAAUGGAGAUCAUUUUUGUGGUGGAGCUUUAAUUCAUGAAAAAUGGAUAUUAAGUGCAGCACAUUGUCUUAAAUAUUUUAGAUCAAUUCAAAACUUUUAUGCUGUUAUGGGUGCUACAUAUUUAGAUCGAGCUGAUCCAAAAUAUGUACAAAUUUCACGUAUUGAUGCAUAUUUUCAAUUUCCACGAUAUGAUCCUUGGGGUGAUCCAAAAGAUGGUAAUAUAACUCGAAAUGAUCAUGAUUUAGUUCUAUUAAAAUUACAAGAUCGUGCUCAAUUAACUAAUCGUGUUAGACUUAUUCAAUUACCUGAUCCAAAGAAUGAGAACAUAACUUUUGAAAAUAUGCAACAAUGUAUUGUAUCAGGUUUUGGUACUAUUAAAGAUACACGCCAAAGUUAUAUACUUAAAUAUCUAACAGUACCUAUCGUUGGACGAGAUCAAUGUGCAAGAGGUCAUCGACCAAGACGUAUAAAAGACUUUCAUAUAUGUGCUGGUUAUUGGCAUGGUGGUAGUGAUGCUUGUAAUGGAGAUUCAGGUGGUCCGUUAGUAUGUUAUUCGAAUCAAGGUCCUAGAUUAAUAGGUAUUGUAUCAUGGGGAGUAGAAUGUGCUCGUCAUGGUACCUAUGGAGUUUAUACACGUGUAUCACGUUAUCUUAGAUGGAUUAACCAAACCAUAGAACGAUAUAGUUGA